AGGUCAACGCGCAAGCACAAUCGAAUCACCAGCAUGCGCUCUCAAUGCCUCUGCUCCAUCUACCCGCAGUCCCUGAUCCUCCUGGUGCCUCUUUAUUGCACCAUGACGGACGCACUUCAGGUGACCACGUGGUUAGUACCCAAGAUUCCACUCAUAACACUCUUGGCUGUGGUCGCGCAGUAGCGUCGUUUGAGGAAUUCGACGGCAACGCCGCUCUGGACGCCGAACUUGAGCGCCUGUGGCAUUUCAUCACAAGCGACGAACAGCCCGUUAAUGCUCAAGCAGGAAAUCAAGACAGCGAUGCCACGCCAGAGACACAAAAUGAAAAUGUCAUUCUCGUAACGCAAAUCCCCGGCUUUCGCUAUGCCUACAGCUACACCAACAUGAAAAUGCGCCUGCCCCGGCGCAUCGAUCAUGACCUGAAAGAAGCCGAGGAACUCAUGUAUUUCAUCACUCUCAACCGCAACACCAAGAUGGAGACUCUCUACGAGCACCUUGAGCUAGACUACGGUCUCGGUAAGCUUCUCGGGUCGGAGAUGAAGAAGCUCCUGAAGGAGUCGCCACUCGUUGAGAUCGUCAAACAACCCGUCACUGUCGUAGCUGAGACCAAGAAGAAUCUCAUCAGCAUUGCAUGGUACAUGUUGAUCACCAAGGAAUGGGGAACAACUUGGUUCGGCGAGGGUUGCAGAAACGCAAAAACGCGGACUCUUCUGUGGCCGAGAGAUUCGUCAAUUCUCUUCGCGAGCUUUGUCAUGUUUCUUUACCGAAUUUACAUGAACCAGAGACAGACUCACCAGGCUACCUUGCGUACUCAAGCUCGCCUUCUAAAGCCUGGUGUCGAAUCGGCAGGGUCGUCGUCGCAAUCUCCGUCGCGGUCACAGUCCGCCCCGCCGGCGAGCGCUCCGCAAAGUCCUCCACUCACUCCAGAGAGCCAGGCAUUCUUCGGGGCCCUGGCAAAAGACGCGAGCAGCCGAAAGAAGCGCAAGCAUGCCGAAGCCGCACUUGGCGUCGCCCAGAACCCAUACGAGGUCGAGAUUCCUGCGAAUGCCAGGCUCAUGUACCACGUCUACGUCAGGGACAGGACGGACGGCAGCGAUCUCGCCGCCCCCACCACUUACCGGCACACUGACUAUGUGAUUUCCCACAAUGCCUUUUCAUCUCUCAAGGCGUCCUUCGAAGCAUCAGGGCAGGUUCCCGCCAUCGAGAUCCACACGCCGUUUGGUAGAAAGACCAUCACCAGCGAAGAGCAGUGGGAGCAAGCCGUCCUGUCCAUCUACAACGUGAGGCGUUCGGGUGGAGUGGUGGAGGUGGAGAUUUUCGUGUGAGGUGUCUUGAUUUGUCUCUCGGCAACUGACAGAGAGGUUAGGGACUAGAAGCAGAGCAGUCCUGCGAUACAUGUUUGACGGCGGCAUUCGAGAACUCCGGUGGCAUUGCGGUGGGAAACCAGGUGCUAGUUGUGUGGGAAAGCAUAGGUUUGGUCCGGCGUUGGUGGGCUAUGUCGUCUUAUUUGUAUAGAUACCCAGGGAGAUGAAGUGGUUGUCCACCACCAUGGUCCAAAAGCGAAUUGAAUGAAUAACGAACCGAUACUCGUCGGGGCUUCGAAGUCGCCGAUCCGCAUACUCGCCAAAGCUCCUAGAGUACUUACUCUUCAGCAUCGAUCGCUUCCAGUCAUGUGAAGCUCUCCCCACCAAUUUGCUUCAAGCCGAAGAAGCGAGCGACCGCAGUUUCAAGCUUAACCACGCAGAGAGGGGUCACCAACGUGCCCAACACCACAGU